CGGUUUCUUCAUCAAUCUUGGUGCUCAGUCCCCCUGAAAAAGCAAAAGACCUAACCCUAAAAUCCCCCCAUUAUAAUCCCCACUCUCCCCAUUCUCAUUCCCAUUCCAUUUCUCUCAACACUUCCCUUCCUUCCAUGUCCGCUACCUAUCUCUUCGCUUCUCCCAUGGCCUCCUCCGUCCAGGUCGCCACCGGAUCCCGCCGCCCCUCCGCCAGUUUCUACGACAUCCUCCGUGUCAACCGCAACGCCUCCUCCCUCGAGAUCAAGACUGCCUACCGGACUCUUGCCAAGAUUUACCAUCCCGAUUCUGUUAGAAGAUCAACGGAAUGCGAUUCUUCUUUUGACGAUGGAUGCAGUUUCCUCGAGAUUCACAAUGCGUAUGAGACGCUCUCUGAUCCUGCAACUAGGGCUCAUUACGAUCUCGCUUUGGCUGCUAUUACUAGACGCCCGUUUCUCCGAUCGUCGCGGUCUAGGCCGCAUCGGCGGUGGGAAACGGAUCAGUGCUGGUAGGGGAUUUGGGAUUAGGGGUAGAUUUGUAGAUUUGGAUUUUCUGUAUAGAUUUGGUUUGAAUGUUCUUCGUAUCCGAGGGGAAUUUUUGUGCCUACUUCUUUUCUAUGAUCUCGAUUUUAAUCUUUUGGUUUCUGGAAUUGAAUGCUGAAGAACUUUGGAUCGAAGAUGCGUGUUUUUUUUUUUUUUUCUUUUUUGAGACAUAAUUUUGAAGGGAAAA